AUGCUAUUAUCAAGGGGAUUAAUAAGUAGGUCAUUACCUACCACCACCACUGUGGGUCUCACUUUCCCCAAACAAUCCACCUUAUUCAAUUUUUCCCAAAUUCGUACCAAAAAGAAAAGAGCCGCCGGUUCAAGAACCAACAACAAGAACUCCCCGGGGAAGAGAUUGGGUCCAAAAGUCGGUGACGGGCAAUUCGUCGAACAAGGUACCAUUAUCAUGAGACAAAGAGGGACCAAACUCCACCCUGGGGAUAAUACUGGACUUGGACAUGAUCAUACAAUAUUUGCCUUAGAGCCGGGAUAUGUCCGAUUUUAUUAUGAUCCUUUCCAUCCAUUGAGAAAAUAUGUUGGUGUUGCUUUGAAGAAGGAUUAUAUGUUGCCAAAGGAGCAUUUUGCGCCAAGGUUGAGGAGAUUUGGAUAUGUGGAGUUGAUGGAUGAGGGGGAGAAGAUGAAAGAAGAGGCUAGUAUGAGUAGAAAGGAAUUUUUGGCCCAACCGGAAUUGAAAAGACAAGCGGAAGAGUUUGAAGCGUAUAAGAAUAAGAGAUUGGAAGAGUAUAAGAAGAGUAUAAGUGAAGAAUUUACUGGAUUGGGGUUGACUGAACAAGAAGUUGAAAAUGCGGCUAAUAGAGUAUUUGAUAUUGUUCAACUUAGGAAAACUGGCCAAAGUAUGAGUGAAGCAAGAGAACAAGUUACCCUUAAUUUUAUUUAUGAAUUAAGAUUGGCUUUAAGAAGGGGAGAAUUCACCAAGGAAGAAGUUAAUACUGGUAAGAAAAUCUAUAGUGAAUUUGCUCAAAAAAUUGAUGAAGUUAUUACAGUCAAUAUGAACAAUGAACAAAUUAUCAAACAAUUAUCAUCAGAAGAAUUAGAAACCAAGAGGAAAGAAGUUAAGCAACAAUUAGAUUCUUAUUUGACUGAAAAGACUUUGACUGAUAAAUAUAGACAAGAAGUUGAAGAAUUAAUUGUUACUCCUGGUAUUUUCUCUUUAACUGAACAAGAACAACUCAGAGAAGAAUACUUACCAGUAGUGUUACCAUUGACUGUUCCUGGAUCUGUUGUUGAAGAAUUUGAUACUCAAAACCCACCAAAGGGACAUGUAGUACAAACUAUAUUUAAUGAAGAAACUAGAUCCUUUAAGACUAUUGCAAGACCUAAAGUAGCUGUGUCUGCUUAG